AUGGGAGCAGCUCUACUUCGUUUUUAUCCUGCUUCAAAGCUAAUAUUCAAUAGUUUGAUGGCUCAAACAAACAAUUCAUUCCUAAGAGUGCAUCUUGGCCCACCGUCCGCAGUUUCAUACAUGAAUGAAAACGUCAAAAUUAGGAAGCGAAACCUGACCGCCAAUUCCGGAAUCAACCGAAUUCCCGAAAUGCAUACUCGUUUUUUGGAGAAUUGGAUGUCGAUUGGAGAAGAGUACGAGCGAGUGCUGGAUUUCACCAGUGGUGUGAGAAACUGUUUGCUCGGCCGUGGCCGACACCAAAGUACUCGCUAUUCAAGGAGUGGAUCACCCAGCAUGGAUCCAUUAUUUUGA